CUGAGUUCUCUUAAUAUGUCUCUGUUUGGUUGCCUGUCUAUUAAUCUGUUUGUUAAUAGUGUUUCAUUGUUUUAUUGAGACAUGAAUAUUAAAGACACACUGAGUAACUGACUUUGGACAUUUUUUAUUCAUUUCAACACAAUGCAGAUUAGACCAGUCUAAUGAAGUCCUGGAUUUAUGUCAUGACGGGAGAAAAUUUUGAUUACUUUCCCUUUGUAUGCAUCAAUUAUUCUUUCAAGCCGCUCUAUAUAAAAUCUUUGAACUCUCUUGGAAGUUACGAAUAUAUGAAUAUUGUUUUUAAUACAAAUAAAUCAAUUUGUCUACCGAAAGAGUUCUUAUUAGUAGCAUAAAAAAAGCAUCCAAGUUACCUUCAAAACCUGUUUUUUAUGGUUUACGUGUAACUGAUUUUCCAAAAAUAUUACAGUCUUCACCGGAUUUUUUUAAAAAUUAAAGGUUGCGUUUUUAUGAAAAAUAUCCAACGAAAAGAGUGUGAUCGAAUCAAUUGUUAGAUGACAUAUGAUCGAGGACCACAAGUAGGUCAAUAAUCACUUGCCCAACUUGAUAAAUAAAUUAUUCACAAAACACCUUCCAUUCAGUUAAGAAAGCAAUCUAAAGAUCCCAAGUGAAAUAAUCUAUAUGUAAUAAGGUCUAAUUCAAUGCGACUUCCACAUUUUUAAUAUUAAGAUGAAGUGUUUUGUUUACUUUUUAUUAACUCGCCUAUUAAUUAAACAAAUACGGAAGAUAAGCUGGGCAGGUAAAUCAAGCUGACGAGUCCUAGAAUGGGACGAAGUGCGCGUCCUUGAUUCCAGUGCUAUCCACUGUCCGUCUCUACUUAUAAUGCUUGUGACCUAAAGGUAAUAUUGGGGUAAUUUGCACAGGAUGAGUAUGUGCCAAAGGAUUGCAAAGCUAAACAUUAAUGUCACGAUUCAAAUAACCAAUGCAAAUGAAAAUGAGUUCCUAUUUACAUAGUCUUGACUGAUUUCUACCGUAUAUUUUUCUCUUCAUAUAUGGUGGGUACAUUGAUUUUCAACUUAUUUGUGCUGACAGCUACACAUCUACGUGUCAGAUCCACACAAAUACAAACCAUAAUGAUCAAUAAACCAAGGCCAUUGGAUUGGCGAUUAUUAACCAAUCAGAUUCAUCUUAGAGGUUUAGUUUCUGCUAUCGACCGCUAUGAACCGUUUUCGCCAAUCAGAAACAAAUAUACUGGUGUAACUAAUUUUAGUGAACAAUGCUGUCAUUUCGUUAAUUUCACCAUAACAGUUGCUAAUGUCUCAUCAUUCAUUCGGUUCUGGAAAUAGCCUGUAUAGACUGGAUAGUGUGUUCAAUGAACGGGCGGGACCGAGGAUGCCAGGGACACAGAGUGAAAGACGGUAUCGUCACCCUGUUGUUCCGAUUUCAUCAACAGAUGCUCCACACUAUGCUCAAGCAUCACAACUAUAUCCAAUGAGAAGUUCUUCGGAGCGUGAUAAUGUUUACUGGUACAAACCCGGGUCUCUUGGACGAUCAUCUCAGGGGAGUAGCUCAAGCCCUAUUGGUCAGUCGAUUGUAAUACCAGUUGUUCAUUUAGGUGCCUCUAGAGGAUCCAUUGCAUCAAGUUCAUACACAAUGGCUUCUCAUUCUUCUGAAAAUCUAGAUAACACACCAAAUGCUCUGCAAACUGAUAAUAGCGAAAGUACUAAAUCUACAUUUAGAACUUCAUCAGUCCUUACUACUGGUAAUCGGCCAAUAAAUCGACCUGCACCACCACUUUCAGAUCCUGAAGCUGAAGUCGAUGCUUUAACAAAUCUCUUAAUGCAAAGCAUGGAGACUCGGUCGUCUGUAUCUUCAGUUGGAGCUGGUGGGACAUUAACUUCUGGGCAAGACGCAGUCAAUUCUUCUCCAGCUGGAAGUUUACGGCGUGGGAGUGGUCUCAACUCUCAGUUUGGACGUUUGCAACAACACUCAGGCCUUACUUCCACUGCUGGAGGGAAUGUGAAUGGUGGUCGCGGUAGUCCAUUGGCAACAGCGGUCACUUCUGCUUCAACAACUGGGAGCUCAUCAACAAACUCUCCCACUGAAUCAGCUUCUAGUAUGUGUAUUCCUAAUGAUACUGCCAGCGCAAUGGCCAAUGCAACUGCGGGUCAAAACAUAUGUUUUCGAUGUCGUCGUUCACUUGUCCCACCGGAAGGUAGCACACUUAGUGGCAGUUUAGCUUCGACAAACAAUGUUGUGACUCUAACAGGCGCUCUAGGUGUAAAACUUCAUGUGGCUUGUUUUACAUGUUAUCGUUGUGCUGCUCCGCUGAAGUCAGAUGCAUAUUACCACAAUCUAAGACGUUUGUUAUGCCCGGCCUGUGUACGUGACGGGGCUGUUGAGGCAUGUUCAAACUGUCAUAGACCCAUAGGUGAUAGAGUAGUUCACGCUCUUGGGAUGCCCUAUCAUCCCAACUGCUUCGUCUGUGUAGUAUGCGCAGGUAGACUAGAUUCUAGACCUUUUACCAUUGAUGUUCAUGGUCGACUACACUGUCUUACUGAUUUUCAUAAACGCUACGCGCCAAGAUGUGCGUCAUGUGGAAGGCCGAUAGUACCAGAUGCUGGAUGUCAAGAAGCACGUCGUGUUGUCUCAGGAAACUCAAACUAUCAUUUAGAAUGUUUCGGAGUUCAGACACUACCUCAAAGCUUAAACCUAAAGUCAACAGCUUUCAAGGUUAGCGGUAGUAUUGCCAGUUAGUAAUAUUACAGCCUGAAAAAUAUUCAUCGACGUUGCCGGAGAUAACCUGGAACCUUUAUUCUGAGAUCCACAUGAACAGAACUGGAAACAACUUUUUGGCUAAACAUUAGAAGCAGUAUCACACAAUUCACCGUGAAAAGAAACUUCGAUGCCCCCAUAUAACUUAUCAGUUAAUACCUACUUCGUACCUUAUUCUGAUGACUGUUUUUCGACAGCGAUUUUGUGUACUGUCUGAUACUUCUUUUCAGCGUUUACAAUAUAUGUCCCAAUUUCCCUUCUCUAUUCAGUAAAUCCCUUCCUCUAGGUAUAAAGCCACUAAUUAGCAACAAUAUUCCUUUACCUUUUCAUGAAUUGUAUACAAUAACUUCCAUUUUUGAUUGUCUGUUUAACCAGUUUGUGAGAACGUCAACAUAUACAUAUCUUGAUGCACUGACAAGGAGGCUAAUGAUUUAUACUUCUUAUUGUAAGUACACUGUCAACCGGCUUUGUUUUGUCAGAAUAGCUCGUGCACGCAAAGGACUUAGAAUUAAACAUUAGACGAAACCCGAAUAGUCUUACGUGUAGAUAGCCACCGCCGUUUAUAUAAUUUCUGGUUGGAUGUCAUCAUC